AUGUUUCUCCAGAACAAUACAAGCAAUGGAAGCGGACUAGACCAACCUCCUACCGCAGAGGAGGUUCGUAUAGAGAGCGUUGUUAUACUUGUUGUAUCAAUUUUGUCGCUUUGUGGUGCCGGCUUCAUCAUGACCAGCUACUGGAUCUUCCCGAACCUGCGAUCCUUCCGUCACCGCCUUAUCAUCGGACUUGCGAUCAGUGACUUUCUCAUGGCUUUCAACUUCAUCUGCUCAACAACGAUGAAUCUUAGCGGCAGACUUAUCGAUGAUCCAGAACAAACCGACUUUUGUAAGCUCAAUGGCUUUAUGGCUCAGGUAUUCGUCAUACAAACCGACUAUUGGGUCCUCAACAUCGCCAUUUGCACGUUCUUCAUCCUGACUGGCCAAAGAAAGCGAGCCAGCUGGGUGCAGAACCACGAAGUCGUCAUUUGGGGACUUCCGUGGUUCUUCUCGGUCUUAUGGGCCUCUGUGGGCCUCGGUUUAAAUGGCUACCACAGCAUUGGGGCUUGGUGUUGGUUCAAGUCAGACAAAACGAGGCUGCUCGCCAACUUCGUUCCUCGGUGGAUAAUCAUAACCAUCAUGUUUGCGCUAUAUGCAUACCUCGCCCUUGUUCUUUUCAGAGCUCAGAACAGGUUAAGUUCGAUGCAGGAGUCUCCCGGGCAUCUAGAGUCCGUUUACUCGACACAAGAUGGGAGCAGGGCCGCAAGCACUCACGAAGGACUGGAAGGCCGAUCUAUGGUUUCCAUCAGAAGGCUCAAAAGGAUUGCUCGCCUGUUACUCUUGUAUCCGCUUGCGUAUGCCAUCGUCUGGACUAUCCCAACCGCCAUCCGGAUAUACCAAGCAAGUACGAAUACGCCAGCACCUUUCCCAUUGCAAAACGUCGACCAAGCUUGCAUCGUGAUCCAGGGGCUUGCCGACGCCGUAAUAUACGGUAUGAACGAGACAUCGGUAGCAAGCUAGCGCACUUGCUGCUCACGUCGAGGUUUCCCUUCCGUCCAAGGGAUAGAAACUCGAGACGCGGACAUCGCAUCACCAGACAUUACCAGGGAGCGAUCUGCUCGAUCUAACGAUAGGAGGAUGCGCGGAACCACACUAUCUAGCUCCGAUCCGACUGAAGCCGACAGAGAUGACAACCCAAACACGGUCGAAUUGAGAGACUUAAGGGCGUAGGCUGCCCCAUUGGGGGUGGAGGGGUCUUCUUCGAAGGAUUUGGGCAGCUCAGAUGGCGGCAGCGGGCAACCGACAACACC